AUGUCACAACGUAAAAUUCUUGUUUUUGAUUCAAAAUUAUAUGAUGAAAAAACAUUUCGACAAGCUUUAAAAGAUUUAAAUGGUCAACAAAAAUUACAUUUUACAUUUCUUGAAAGUAAAUUAACUGAUGAAACAGUUGAUCAAGCUAUAGGUUUUGAUGCUAUAUGUGUUUUUGUCAAUGAUAUUCUUAAUAGAAAUAUUAUUGAAGAAUUACAUAAACAAUGUAAUACAGUUAAAAUAAUUGCAUUACGUUGUGCAGGAUAUAAUAAUGUUGAUUUAGAAGCAAUUGAAAAAUAUAAUUUUAAACUAUGUCGUGUACCACGAUAUUCACCAUAUGCUGUUGCUGAACAUUCAGUAGCUUUAUUACUUUCAUUAAAUCGUAAUUUACAUCAUGCAUUUUAUCGAACAAAACAACAUAAUUUUACAUUAGAUGGUCUUGUUGGUAUAGACCUUUUUGGUAAAACAGUUGGUAUUAUUGGAACAGGUGGUAUUGGUAUGUGUGCAAUUAAUAUCUUUUUAGGUUUUGGUUGUCAAGUUUUAGCUUAUGAUAUACUUCCAAAUGAACAAAUAGCAAAAGAAAAAGGUUUUAUAUAUGUUACUAUGGAUGAAUUACUUGAAAAAAGUGAUAUUGUAUCACUUUAUGCACCAUUGCUUCCUUCAACUUAUCAUUUAAUUAAUAAAGAAACUUUAGAAAAAAUGAAACAAGGUGCUUUAUUAAUUAAUACAAGUCGUGGUGGAUUAGUUGAUACAAAAGCUCUUGUUGAUAGUCUUAAAUUAGGAAAAUUACGAGGUGCUGCUAUAGAUGUAUAUGAAAAUGAAAAAGAUUAUUUUUUUAAUGAUUUUAGUCAAGAAGUUGUAGAUGAUGAUACAUUAGCUUGUUUAAUAUCAAUGCCAAAUACAAUAGUUACAUCUCAUCAAGCAUUUCUUACUGAAGAAGCUUUAAAAAAUAUAGCUGAAACAACAAUUACUAAUUUACUUGAUUUUUUCGAUGGUAAAUUACUCAAUGAACAAUAUGAAGUAAAAAUUUCAGAAAAAAAAUAA